AUGGGGAAGGGGGGAAAAGAGGGAAAUAGUGGAUGCUUUAGUGCUACAAUAGUUUUUUGUAUUGUUUUGAUCGUGGGAUUAGAUGUCGUCGCUGGUAUCGUGGCAAAGCAAGCCGAAGUCGCCCAAGAAGAAGUGAAACACACGAGACUGUGGCUUCUCGAGUGUAAAGCUCCAAGCCAAAAAGCUUUCAUGUUAGGGUUUAUAGCAUUAGGAUGUUUGGCAGCAGCUCAUCUCUUCGCCAUUAUAAUAGGAUGCAGUACCUCCAAUAUGUUCAAAGUACUCACCGUACCCAAGAUCUCUGCAUACAUCAACAUGGCCUGUCUUGCUCUCACUUGGGUCGUAGCAAUUGCGGGAGCGGGGAUACUUACAAUGGGCAUAUGGACGAACAGAGAGUCAAGAUCAGAAUGUGGAUUCACAUACAAACAUUUUCUGUCUUUAGGAGGCAAUGUGUGUUUCUUUCAUGCCAUUGUCUAUGUCCUUUUGUAUUGGUUGGGCGGAUGUAGAAAAUAA